AUGCAUUACAAUAAUUUUUCUUUCUCAGAGACUUAUGAUAUAGCUAGAGCUGUAGAAAUUGCUGCCGUCGAUUCAUCUACAAGCGACGAAGCAGCUAUGUCACGGUUGCAAGAUGGCCAAACAUUGGGUACUAAACGUGAACGGAAACGUCCAGGACGUUUUUUAGACCAGGAAUCAGACAGAGCUAGCUCCAGUGAUGAUUACAGUAGAGAUAUGCAAAAUGAUAAAGAAACUACACCAAAACAUCAAUUUCAUUAUGAUUCUGGUCAUGACAGCUCAAAAGAUGUAGAAGAGACCCAAGAGUUAGACUACAGCGAUUUUUUUGAAAAUCACCCUCAACACUCUACAAAGCCAAAAUCAAAAAAUAUUAAUGUAAGAAAAAUAGAAAAUAUAACACAUACUAUUAUAAAAAGUAAAACAUCUCAAUCUAUCGACAAAACAAAAGAACCUGUGGUUUUUACGGAAAUGGCCAAAGAUCCGGGUACUUUGACACCUGUGGACGAGACCAUUGAUAAAACUAUUGAAAUAAAUAUAGAAAACGGCAUUCAUCAUCAAAGUCCGAGUCAAGGAGCCAUUUCUAAAUCUCCAGAACCAUCGUUGCCUAUGAACGAUACUGAAACUUUAACCGCUGAAAUUUUAAAAUUAGAUUGUUCUCCCAACUGCUGCAAUUGAUGUAAUUAAUGUAAGACGUGAUCAAGACGAUAAGAAACAAACCCGUAAUGUUUUAUCUUACAUCAUAACUGAUGAGUUUGCUCGCCCACUUUCUUGGACUGGACAAAAAAAAAACUAUUAAAGUUAAAGACAUGAAGUUUGUUGAAAUUUUAAUCGAAACGAUUACUCAGAAUAAUCAUGCAAGCUCGCAUGGCAUGAUUGAAUCAACUAUUAAAUCAUGGCUCCAGCAUAGUGGUCACAGGAUUGAUUAUCGUUCAGGAAACAAAACCAAAGACAAGUAACAUAAAUGUACUUAAAACAAUAUAAAAUUUAAUAAGUUACAAAAAAUG